AUGGAGCAGUAUGAGAAAGUGGAAAAAAUUGGUGAAGGAACCUACGGAGUGGUCUAUAAAGCUCGUGAUCGUGUCACUAAUGAGACCAUUGCUUUGAAGAAGAUCCGGUUAGAGCAGGAAGAUGAGGGCGUACCCAGCACUGCUAUCCGAGAAAUUUCUCUCUUGAAAGAGAUGCAGCAUGGUAACAUUGUCAGGCUGCAGGAUGUGGUGCACAGUGAGAAGCGCCUUUACUUGGUUUUUGAGUAUCUAGACUUGGAUUUGAAGAAGCACAUGGAUUCUUCUCCUGAAUUUGCUAAUGAUCCACGCCUGGUCAAAACAUUUCUUUAUCAAAUUCUCCGUGGCAUUGCUUACUGCCAUUCUCAUAGAGUUCUGCAUCGAGAUUUGAAACCACAGAAUUUGCUUAUUGAUCGCCAAACCAAUGCGCUGAAGCUUGCAGAUUUUGGACUGGCUAGAGCAUUUGGUAUACCUGUUAGGACAUUUACACAUGAGGUCGUUACCCUGUGGUAUAGAGCUCCUGAAAUUCUGCUUGGAUCUCGCCAUUACUCGACUCCAGUUGAUGUGUGGUCAGUGGGAUGUAUAUUUGCUGAGAUGGUGAACCAGAAGCCAUUGUUCCCUGGAGAUUCCGAGAUUGAUGAAUUAUUCAAAAUUUUCAGAAUCUUGGGUACUCCAAAUGAGGACACAUGGCCUGGAGUGACUUCUUUGCCGGACUUCAAGAGUGCAUUCCCUAAGUGGCCUUCUAAGGAUUUGGCAACUGUAGCUCCAACUCUUGAAAAAGCUGGUGUGGAUCUUCUUUCU